AUGGAACCUAAAAUAAUCAGAAACGAGAUUCAGAGGAUAGCUGAUGAAACUUACCAGAGGCUCAGGGAGGGUGAAGAUGUUACAACCGCAAUACCCAUAUUCCAAGUUAUUGAGACGAGGGAAUUUGGUCGCAAAUUCAUCGAUAUUCUCAAAAGAA